GCCAUCAAACACUAAAAAGAAGAAGUAGAAGAACACUAUACCUGGAGGAUUUCUGUAGUCGUGAUUUGAGAAAUUGGCUAAAUUUAAGCGAUUUAUAAUUGAACAUUUGAAAUAAAAACAAAUUAAGAAGAUGCAGGAUGACGCAUGCUACCUGAAACGCAAAGUGGUGGUUGGCAGUUUGGACGUUCAUCCGACAGACAAAGCCCUUGUGGUCCACUAUGAGGUAGAAGCACGUAUCCUGGGAGAGAGUGGAGGUCAUAUGCUGGGAGAGCGCAAAGAGGGACAAAAAAUUAUUCGUGUAAAAAGUCUUUCUCCUAGUACAGAUGUGGGACUACUGGCCAAAAAGGUGGUAGAGGAGUGUAAGCUCAUCCCUCCAUCCCGAAUUCUUGAGGUGGAGCAGCUCCUAUACUACCUCCAGAACAGAAAAUCAAGCCCAGUAGAUGGCAGAGCAGGGGACAGGAAGGAGAAAAGAACAGUUAAACCCAAAGAGCUGACACUAUUUGAAGGAAUGGAGUUGAAUGAGGAAGCCAGUAUAACCAGAGUAGAUGAGUAUGUUGAGUUACUCUAUGAAGGCAUCCCAGAGAAGAUCAGAGGCUCAGCCCUGAUUCUACAGCUUGCCCGCAACCCUGACAACUUGGAAGAACUGCUACACAAUGAAGCAGCUCUCGGUGCUUUAGCCAGAGUUUUAAGAGAAGACUGGAAGCAGAGUAUGGAGCUGGCUACCAUCAUCAUCUACAUUUUUUUUUGUUUCUCCAGCUUCUCCCAGUUUCAUGGAGUGGUGAGUCAUUAUAAAAUAGGAGCUCUGUGUAUGAGUGUGGUAGAACAUGAGCUGAAAAGACACGAUGUGUGGCGUGAGGAGCUACGCAAGAAGAACAAAGCUUGUGAGUCUGCACCUGAGAAUGGAUCUCUAAGAAGAGACCAGGAAAAAGCUUUGAGGAAAUACCAAGCCCUUCUGGCUAAACAGGAACAGCUACUCAGGGUGUGUCUUUAUCUCUUGUUAAACCUCGCUGAGGACACAAGGACUGAACUGAAGAUGAGGAAUAAAAACAUUGUUGGUCUGCUGGUCAGAGUUCUUGAACGGGAUGAUGAGGAGCUGCUGGUCUUGGUGGUUUCCUUCCUCAAGAAACUGUCCAUCUUCCUGGAAAACAAGAAUGACAUGGCAGAGGUGGAUACUGUGGAGCGGCUGGCUCGCCUGUUGCCCUGUGACCAUGAAGACUUGGUCAAUCUGACUCUGCGUCUGCUGCUCAACCUUUCAUUUGACUCUGGUCUUCGAGCAAAGAUGGUAGAGGUUGGACUGUUACCCAAAUUGACUGCAUUGCUAGGUGAUGACAACAAUCACCAGGUAGUCAUGCGUAUCCUGUACCACAUCAGCAUUGAUGACCGCUUCAAAGGCAUGUUUGUUUACACCGAUUGCAUACCUCAGCUUAUGCAGAUGCUGUAUGAACAUAGUGAGGAAGAAAUUGAAACAGAGCUCAUCUCUGUUUGCAUUAAUCUGGCUGCUAACAAAAGGAAUGCACAACUCAUGUGUGAAGGCAAUGGGUUAAAGAUGUUAAUGAAAAGAGCUUUGAAGAUGAAAGAUUGCCUUCUGAUGAAAAUGAUCAGAAACAUCUCACAACAUGACGGACAAACUAAACCUCUAUUCAUAGACAAUGUAGGUGACCUGGCAGCUGAGAUUCGUGCAGAUGAAGAGGAAGACUGGGUUCUGGAGUGUCUGGGAACGCUGGCCAACCUCACCAUCCCAGACCUGGACUGGGAGUUGGUGCUGAAAGAGUACAACCUGGUACCUUACCUCAAAGACAGGCUGAAACCAGGCUCGGCAGAGGACGAUCUGAUUCUAGAGAUAGUGAUCAUGAUUGGAACAGUGUCAAUGGAUGAUGCCUGUGCCGCCAUGUUGGCCAAAUCUGGCAUCAUUCCAGCUCUUAUUGAACUGCUGAAUGCCAAACAGGAAGAUGAUGAAUUUGUUUGUCAGAUUGUCUACGUCUUCUAUCAGAUGGUUUUUCACCAGGCUACACGAGACGCCAUCAUCAAAGAAACCCAGGCACCAGCAUACCUGAUAGAUCUGAUGCACGACAAGAAUGUUGAAAUCCAAAAGGUCUGCCACAACACCCUUGAUAUUAUUGCUGAGUAUGAUGAAGAAUGGGGGAGGAAGAUUCAGUCAGAGAAGUUCCGUUUCCAUAACAACCAGUGGCUGGAGAUGGUUGAGAGUCGCCAGGCUGAUGAAGCUGAACCAUAUCUCUAUGACAACGAUGACAGGACAGACCUCUUCUACAGCGCAGAUGGCAUAACUCCAGCAGAUGGUUCAGUCAGCCCAGAUUUCUUCAGUGAUCUCCAGCCUCAGAAUGGAGAUACUAACCUUACUGGAGAUGGUUGUGAUGCGUUUGACCAGACCAGCUCAUCACCUGGACGACCGGCCACAGCCUAUGGCUUCAGACCUGAUGAACAGCCGUACUAUCAGUAUUGUUAGACUCAGAAAUAAAUUAUUGAAUAUGCUCUGCUUACAAUCUACGCAGUGGUGGAGUUUUCCAAUAUUAACACAAGUAAAUGUGAAUAUAUAAGAUUAUUUAACUGUGAGAAGUAUUGACCAAAUACUUCUGCUAGUCCAGCUUUCCCAAACCUCCAGUGCUUGUCUUUUUAGUUAAUGUCUUUAGGCUGUUUAGAGUGUGACACUGAUAAUUAACUGUUUUACUGAUAAGCAUCUUUGCACAUAGUAGUCUUGAUGUAUGGUUAUGGUUUUUGCACUUUAUUUUGUUUACAAGUUUUGUUUGAAUAAUUUUUUAUUGCUAAUGUAACGAUACACUAUGAACAGAAGCAUGUAUUGUACUAUAUAUACUGUAUUCCUGUCGUUAUUCAUCCUUAGAUUGUUUAAUAAAAAUAUAUCUCACAAGGAA